AAUGGCGCACUAAUGCACUCGUUCACUUCAAAACAUUGUUUAAAUUGAACCCACAUCUAGGUAAUCGCGUUAUCAUUUCGCAACAGUCGAGCGUAUUUGUAAAUAAACUGGCAGAAUAGCUUCUUUACAUUUUUCUGUGCAUCAGCGAGCUAGAUCUGGUGGAACAAUGACAUCGGCAUCAACAAAGGUUGGUGAGAUUUUCUCUGCAGCUGGAGCUGCUUUUACUAAGUUAGGAGAGUUGACCAUGCAGCUGCACCCAGUGGCUGACUCAAGUCCAGCAGGAGCUAAAUGGACGGACACUGAGAUUGAGAUGCUCCGCUCAGCAGUUAGGCGCUUUGGUGACGACCUGAACAUGCUCAGCUCAGUCAUCAAGAAGCGCACAGUAGCACAAAUCAAAACCACAGUCAAGAGGAAGCUUUAUGAAGAUAGUGGAGUUCCCUUGUCCUCUGAAUCACCGAAGAAAAGUACCAAAAAGGUUCCAGUUUCCAUGGCUCCCCCUUCAGCACCUACAGUUAUGGCUAUGCCAACAUCUCAGGUCGUAGUAACAACAGGCUUACAAGGUUCUUCUACAGGUCAAUCAAGCAUUAAGAAGCCAAAGGCAGCAGAUGUUACUCUAAGUGCUCUGAAUGACUCAGAUGUGAAUAGCGAUCUGGUAGACAUUGAAGGACUUGGUGACAACUCAGCAUCAAAGAAGCUUAAUUUUGAUCAAGAAAGUUUAAAUCUAGACUCAAGUCUCAUCAUGAACUCCAGUGACUUGCCUCUACUGUCCCGCUGAACUGUAUCUCUGCUCAAAACCAUCAGCUGCAAAAUAGAGCUCACAUCACAUCAGGCUAAAUCUUCAGAAACUCCAGCCCAGGAAACUGCCUUUUGUCUUCUCUCAAGACAUGAUGCUAAAACAAUUAUUGUUUUUAAUGAAAGGUCACAUGUGUAAAUUUAAUCUCUUGAGACCUGUUAAGCCAAGAUUAUUUCUGUUUUAAGAUUUUUUUUUUACAUAAGAAUAAAAAUGUAUUAUACUCUUAUAUAAUGUUACAGUCACCAGUAAUCUGUCAGAUACAUUUGCUACCAGUGCUUGGUUCAAAUAUUGACUCUAAAUUCAUUACAAAUAUAUUUUUGUUAAUCGUGUCUGUGUAAAUGAGGUGCAAUUUAUACUAUUUUAUGUAAUAUUGGGAAAUGGUUUCCAAAACAUUGUUCAUGAACAUGGUUAUGCUAUGCCCAUUGUUUUUAUCUGAAAAAAAUUAAUUCAUGAAAGUCCUAUGCAAAUAUUUGGACACUACUGGUUAAAUUCUAUUUUUAAUUAAUGUUCUAAGUAAAAUUAAGUUUAUAUCCUCUUCAUGGUAGAGUCUGCACAUUGUAAUGCACAAUUACUGUUUAUUUGCUGUAUUUUAAAUUGUGAAGAGUUAAAUUGGCAUGUUCAACAGUUAUGGCACUUAAUUGUGCACGUAACCUUUGCACCAAACAUUUGCAUAAGUUACUAAGUUUAUGAGCUUGACUGGCAAAAUGUACAUAUUUCACUUUAUUUUUCAGCUAUUUGAAUCAUGUCAUCAGUGCAUGUUUAGGAGUACCUACAAUGUGGAAUAAAUCACAGUGACUGUUGAGUUUGACUUUUUUUUUUUAUUGUACUUAUCUCUGCUUAUAUGUGAAACAAAAGUCAACAAUUUUGUGAAUUACUACUAAAUUAUCCAUAA